UAAGAGAAUAAUCUUGAUGAUUCUUGCCUACAGGAUAAUGCAUAUAAAAGAACCAUAAAUAUAGCCACUAUUUAUUCUAUUUUAGGAGUAAUAUUUUUUGAUAUAUUAGGUAGCCUCCAGAAUGGCGUCGCUGGACUGGAAUUCAAUAGUGAAAUAUAUUUUGAUACACUACAGAUGGGUGUUCGUGGUGGUGUUCUUGCUGCCGCUCUCAGCGGCGUACGACGUGUAUUACUACGCCAGGUCCUGGCUCGUCUUCCAGCUGAGCUCCGCGCCCCGCCAGCACAAGAGGAAGGUGGAGAACGUACAGGCGCAGGUAAGGGCAUGGAAGAAGUCAGGACAGAAGACCUACAUGUGCACCGCCAGACCAGGCUGGCAGACCAUCAGCUUCAGACAGCCCCGCUACAAGCAGACCUUCACUAACAUCAACAUCAACCUUGUCGACAUCCUUGAAGUGGACGUCAACAGACAGAGCGUGUGGUGCGAGCCUCUAGUUAGCAUGGGGCAGCUGACCGCCAUGUUGGUGGAGCUCGGCUGGAGCAUCCCUGUGGUCCCUGAGAUGGAUGACCUCACUGUCGGUGGACUGGUGAUGGGGACGGGUAUAGAGACGUCGUCCCACAAGGCUGGUCUGUUCCAGCACAUCUGCCUGAGCUACGAGCUCGUCUUGGCUGAUGGUUCGGUGGUCACGUGCUCGCAGGAGCAGAAUCAGGAUCUGUUCUACUCAGUUCCCUGGUCCUACGGCACCCUAGGAUUCCUCACAGCCGUCGAGAUCAAGAUCAUCCCAGCGAAAAGGUUCGUGCGCGUGGACUACGCGCCGUGCCACAGCAGGCAGCUGCUGCUGCAGCGCUUCAGCGCCGCCACGAGGCAGGAGGACGGCAACCAGUUCGUGGAGGCCUUGUGCUUCUCGAGGGACACUGCCGUGGUCAUGGUCUGCAACAUGACAGACUCUGCAGAGCCUGGCAAGGUGAACAGCAUAGGACGAUGGUACAAGCCAUGGUUCUUCAAGCACGUCCAGAGCUUCCUGGUAUCAGGACCAGCGUACGAGUUUAUCCCUCUGAGGGAUUACUACCAUCGUCACACGCGCUCCAUCUUCUGGGAGCUCCAGGAUAUCAUGCCUUACGAAAACAACGCUGUGUUCCGCUACGUGUUGGGGUGGCUGGUGCCGCCCAAGGUGUCGCUGCUGAAGCUGACGCAGGGCGAGGCGGUGAAGGAGCUCUACGAGCAGAACCACUUCAUCCAAGACAUGCUAGUGCCCCUGAACACGUUGGGGGAGGCGCUUGAUUGUUUUCAUAAAGAAGUGCAGAUAUACCCGAUCUGGCUGUGCCCAUUCCUGCUACCGGCACGCCCUGGCAUGCUGCAGCCUGCAGGAGGCAAGGACGCUCUCUACGUCGACAUCGGCACGUACGGCGUGCCUCGUGUCCAGAACUUCCACCCUGUCGAUACCACCCGACGAGUCGAACAAUUUGUACGAGAUAAAAAAGGAUUUCAGAUGCUGUACGCGGACUCGUACAUGACGAGGGAAGAGUUCCGUGCGAUGUUCGACCACAGUUUGUACGACAAACUCCGUGAGAAAUAUCGUGACACGACCACGGCUUUCCCUCAAGUUUAUGACAAGAUAUGUCGCAAGGCCAGGAUUUAGGCCUACGCUGGAUCGUAUUGUUCGUAAUGUUUGGCGAAGGCGAUCACUUUACGACGCUGCUGGUCGAACGUCUCGAGCUUUGGCUUCCUCCACAGACGCGCCUCCACGUCCAGCAUACCGCCCACCACUGACUGCAUACAUACAAUGAAGGAAUGAAUAUGUACCAGCUGCAUUAUGAGGAAAUUAAUUAAAAUCACCACUGACUGCAUACAUCGAAUGAAAUCCAUGAAUGAGUGAUAUACAAGAUGCACUAUGAGGGAACCAGUUAAAAUCAAGAAUAUAUAACGCUUCAUCUAAUACAAUUUUAUGAAUGCACACAAGAUUUAUUAAAGCGUCCCAAGUCAUAAAUACUUAACGUUUCAAUUAUAAGGAAUAACAAGACAUUGCAGUGACGAAUAAAGUUAUCCAUUCUGCUUAUAGUGAACUAAUUCAAUUUGUACAGUUCCGUGUUUUUAGAUAUGACGGCAUUCUGUUUAGUUACGUGUACCUGCUAAUGAAUUACAAUGGAUUAUAGUUUUUGUCAUAUACAUAUAUUCCUGCCAUACUUGUUGUUUGAUUACAAUUUGCUCUUCCAAAUUUAUUUCUGACGUAUGCCCUAAAUACAAGAUUGCAAGUUA